GGAAUCAAACAAAUAAAAGAAGCCAAACAACUGUUUAAACGGACCUCCGACAGCUUUCUUCUCCAACCCACGCGGGGACACACAGUCGAACCACUUUUCCCGGUCUCCGCAGAUCUCCACUUCUCUCUGUAUCCGCCCGGCGGCAUCGCCCACCUUAUUCUCUGAGGAUUGGAAUGUCUCCCAAGUCCGAAAACGGAAUCGAUGGCGACGACGAGAGGGAAGAAGAAGAAGAGUCCGAAGAAGACGAGGAGGAAGAAGAAGACGAGGAGGAGGACGAGCCGCGGCUCAAGUACCAGAGAAUGGGCGGCAGCGUGCCGUCUCUCCUCUCCAACGACGCCGCCUCCUGUAUAGCCGUUGCGGAACGGAUGAUCGCCCUGGGGACUCUCGGUGGCUCCGUUCACAUUCUCGAUUUCCUCGGCAAUCAGGUUAAGGAAUUCACUGCACACACGGCUGCAGUGAAUGACCUUUGCUUUGAUGUGGAAGGUGAAUACAUUGGGAGCUGUUCAGAUGACGGUUCUGUUAUAAUUAAUGGUCUUUUCACUGAAGAAAGAAUGAAAUUUGAGUAUCACCGCCCCAUGAAGGCUAUUGCUCUAGACCCAGGUUAUGCCAACAAAUCAUCCAGGAGAUUUGUGACUGGUGGUUUAGCUGGACUAUUGUAUUUUAAUGUCAAGAAAUGGAUGGGAUACCGGGAUCAGGUUCUUCACUCCGGUGAAGGCCCAAUUCAUGCUGUGAAAUGGAGAGCUAGUCUCAUUGCCUGGGCUAAUGAUGCAGGAGUCAAAGUUUAUGAUGCUGCCAAUGACCAGCGCAUAACUUUUAUUGAAAGACCUCGUGGAAGCCCACACCCUGAACUUCUGCUGCCUCACUUAGUUUGGCAGGAUGAUACUCUUUUGGUCAUUGGGUGGGGAACGUCUGUCAAAAUUGCAGUAAUACGAACAAAUCAGAACAAGGGUGUCAAAGGAACAUACAAGCAUAUCCCAAUGAUAAGUAUAAACCAGGUGGAUAUCGUGGCAUCUUUUCAAACCAGCUAUUUCAUUUCAGGAAUUGCUCCAUUUGGUGAUACCUUGGUUGUUCUAGCUUAUAUUCCUGGAGAAGAUGGAGAUAAGGACUUCAGUAGUGCCAUUUCCUCACGUCAGGGAACUGCCCAAAGACCAGAGGUCCGAGUAGUAACAUGGACUAAUGAUGAGCUCGCAACAGAUGCACUUCCUGUGCAUGGUUUUGAACAUUAUAAAGCCAAAGACUAUUCCCUUGCGCAUGCUCCAUUCUCUGGUAGCAGCUAUGCAGGUGGACAGUGGGCAGCAGGUGAUGAACCCCUGUACUAUGUUGUGUCCCCAAAGGAUGUAGUUAUUGCAAAGCCUAGGGAUGCAGAAGACCACAUUAAUUGGCUUCUUCAGCAUGGAUGGCAUGAAAAAGCAUUGGAAGCCGUUGAAGCUAGUCAUGGCCAGAGUGAAUUACUUGAUGAGGUAGGUUCAAGGUACCUUGACCAUUUGAUCGUGGAAAGGAAAUAUGCUGAAGCUGCAUCUCUGUGUCCAAAAUUGUUGAGAGGAUCUGCUUCUGCAUGGGAAAGAUGGAUUUUCCAUUUUGCCCAUCUUCGUCAGCUUCCUGUAUUGGUCCCAUUUAUCCCAACAGAAAAUCCUAGGCUGCGUGAUACUGCUUAUGAGGUAGCUCUUGUGGCAUUGACAAGAAACUCAUCUUUCCACAAUGAUCUCUUAGCAACUAUCAAAUCUUGGCCUCCUGGAAUUUAUUCUACAGCCCCAGUUAUAUCAGCUAUAGAGCCUCAGCUUAGCACAACAUCAAUGACUGGUCCACUCAAGGAGGCACUGGCAGAGUUAUAUGUUAGGGAAGGACAGCAUGAUAAGGCCUUUUCACUGUAUGCUGAUCUUAUGAAGCCGGAUCUAUUUGACUUCAUUGAAAAACAUAAUUUGCAUGAUGCUGUUUCUGAAAAGGUUGCCCAACUUAUGAUGGUAGACUGCAAACGUGCAAUACCUUUGUUGAUUCAACAUAGGGACUUAAUACCACCUUCGGAAGUUGUGUUGCAACUGGCUGCAGGGAAUAAGGGUGAUUCACGAUACUUAACACAUCUAUAUCUCCAUGCACUCUUUGAAGCAAAUCCUCAUGCAGGAAGGGAUUACCAUGAUCUCCAGGUCGAGCUCUACUCUGAGUAUGAUCCCAAGAUGCUGCUUCCAUUUCUUAGGAGUAGCCAGCAUUAUACGCUUGAGAAGGCUUACGAUAUCUGUGUCAAAAGGAAUCUAUUGAAAGAACAAGUUUUCAUCCUUGGAAGAAUGGGGAAUUCUAAGCAAGCCCUAGCAGUUAUCAUUAAUAAUAUAGGAGAUAUCGAAGAGGCUAUAGAAUUUGUAAAUGAGCAGCAUGAUGAUGAACUGUGGGAAGAAUUAAUUAGACAGUGCCUUAAUAAACCUGAAAUGGUUGGUGUACUGCUAGAGCAUACAGUAGGGAACCUUGAUCCUCUGUACAUAGUAAAUAUGCUGCCCAAUGGCUUGGAGAUACCUCGCCUGAGGGAUCGUUUGGUCAAAAUCGUCACCGACUACAGGACAGAAACUUCUCUCAGACAUGGUUGUAAUGACAUACUCAAGGCUGAUUGUGUUAACCUUUUGAUAAAAUACUACAAAGAAGCAAAGCGUGCUAUUCACUUAAGUGAUGAGGUAGAUGAAGCUCGUUCCAAGAGGGGUGAACAGAGGGGUUCAAAUCUCGUUGACCGAAACCUUGGAACAAAAUCCAUGGUGGUUAAAUCAAAAACCAGGGGAGGUGGAAGGUGUUGUGUUUGUUUUGAUCCGUUUUCCAUACAGAGCGUGUCCAUCAUUGCAUUCUUUUGUUGCCAUGCCUACCACAUGAAUUGCCUUAUAGACUCCACAAACGCGGUGAGUAGCAAAAAAGGGACGGGAGCCCCUUCACAAGGGUCUUCUUCAUAUUAUGAAUAUGACGAUGGUGAGAUUGAUGAAGACGAGGAGGAUGAGGAUGCCUCAUCAGGUGCCCUUCGGAUGCGUUGUAUCUUGUGCACUACUGCUGCAGGUUGAUCCCCCCCCCCUCCCCCAAACUUGUGUGGGACGGUCUUGUUGGGAUGGUCUAACUGAGCUCAAUCCAGGUGGUACCCAUCAAUUCUAAGCUCGAAACUAACACUUGUGGGCUAAAAACUACCACCUUCUCAAUUGAGUAAGAAAAAUAGCACUUCAAAAUGUGGUAGUUUUUAGUCCGACACUAUUUUAGUUCUGGCGUGAAAGUGACAGGUCUCAUAAGAACGAGUUCCUCAAGGCUCUCGAAGUGUUUUUUUUUCCUUUCAACCAGUGCUUGUAUACCAUAGUUCAGUGCUUUUUGUGUGCAUAUAUCUCGAGGAUGAGGUGUUUAUUUAGGACAUUUUUGCCAUGCUCUGUGUUAUUCAGCAGUGUUACGUAUAGUUUGAUGGCAUGAGGUGAUAUUGUAGAAGCGAGCUGAACAAUAAUCCAAUAUUCAUUUAGAGUUUGAAAGCAAUUAUAGAUGGAAACUUUUUUACAUUGUGUGCUUAAUUUAAUGGUGGGCGGAAACUUGCUGCCGUCCACUAUCUGAGUUAAAAAUAAAAUGUUGUAAUAGCCUUAAUAUAUACAUUUCGAUAUUUUAUUAUUUCGUAGUUUUAAUCCAAAAUGAAGCUCAAUCUUCAGGGUUGAUCCCUUGAAAAUGAAGCUCAUUCUCAGGG